AUGGAUUUUGAGCUGAGUUUGGAUUACCUUUUAGACAAGCCCAUCAAACCAAUGGGAGCCGUUGAAGUUAAUAAUGAACCAGAGUUCCAACCAGUGAUCUCUAAUUCAGAGACGGAAGAGUUCAAAUUCGACAAAAAGGGUAAAAAGGUGAUAAAUAGAUUAGUGAGUGUUCAAGAUAUUACCAAAGACUUAGCAGAUUUGAAGUUUAGCGAUGAUGAAAAUGCAGCUCAGUUAGAUAAGGUAAAUGAAGUAGAGAAACCUAAGAAGAGUCGUAGAAAUAAAGCUCGAGGAAAAAAGGAUGCUGAAAGGGGCGAUGUGAAUAUUAAGGCCACUAAACCCUCAACUCCACAAAAUGAAACCACCGACGAUGUUAACAAGGACAAGCCUCUCUCAAGACGUCAGAAGGAGAAGUUAAGAAAGCAAAAGAAGGAACAGAGACUCAAACAAAAGGAAAAACAGGAGAGUAAACGGGAGAAUGAAGAAAAGAACAUUCAAGAGAACAAUCAACAAAAGAACAUUCAAGAAAACGCUGAAGAUAACAAACAGAAAAUUUCUGAGAACAACCAACAGAAGGAAAAGCUCAAUGAAAAUGCCACAGUAGAUAAAGAGAAAUCACCAUUUGAAAGAUCAUCUUCACCAGAAGAUCCCUUUAGCAUUAAACUUAAAUCAGUUAAAGUGGUUCAUUCCAAUAAAAAGUAUACUGAAAGACUACCCAAAAUACCACCGAUUGAAACCAUCAUGGGUUUAAGUAAUGACCAGAUUUAUAAAUUGAACCCCAGUGAUAUAAAAUUGAAAAGAAUCGUCAGUCAAGCAGGAAAAUUACUUGGAAAUAUCAUAAAUUUUGCUAUGGUAAACGAAGAAAUCUUCUUGAAUGAAGAAACAAGGACUCAAUUCACUGUUUUGUGUACCAACAUUGCAAUUUUUGAAUCACGAGGUUUAAACAAAACAUUGAAGAUCUACCCUGAUAUCAUUGAAACUUUUUCCAAGUAUGAUGAAUUAACCUUAAAUCAUAAUAAGACGAAAUUUACCAAAUCUGAUAAGGAAAUUCAUCAAAAUAAUUUCGACUAUUCAGUAUUAUCAUAUGUUGGUAACAUUAUCAUCUGGUUGAACUCAAUCCAUGAUUUAAAAAUCAGUAAAAAACUCAUAAAAGGUGGUUUUGGUGGAUAUCAUCUUUGGGAUCAAUUAUUUAAAGAAGAGUCUAUAAAUAUGAAACGUUGGAAACAUGUGAUCAAGUUCAGAGAAGAAUUCCCGUUCCAACCAAAUCAAUUCAUCGUAGUGAUGAAGUUCUUACAUAUAGAAAUAUCAUAG